GCAAUGGGUAGAGUGCAUGCACAAACGUACACACACACACACACACACACACACACACACACGCACACACACACAAAAUAGAGCAUGAGCUUGAACAUCAUGGAGAAAAUGAGUGCUACCUUUUGCAUUCUGACAGUCGUGGGAACCCUGUUGGUACCAACAUUUGCUGAGAACGAGACCUUAAAUGCUCUUGCUGAAAACGUUACUACAACCAACAUAUCAGCCGUCAUGUCCAAAAAACCUGAUGAUAUGACUAGCUCAAUGAAUGUGAGCAAUGGAACUGAAGGCAACACAGCCACAGCUCAAAACGCGCCCAUCAACAACUCAACCACUCCUAUGACAACAAAUGAAGCAAAUACCAGCAUGGUUUCACCUGAAUUAGAUGCAACAACUAAGAAAAUGAAGGUGAGCACACCUGGACCAAAGCCCAUACCUUCAACCAAAAAGGACCGCACCGUAACCACGAGCACAAAAACACCCUCAGGUGAUGGCGUAAAAACAGACAGCCCAUCAGUGUACAUCAUUGUCUUGAUCGUCAUCAUUCUGGUUAUUGCUGUUAUUGGCAUCAUGUGCUUCUGUUUUAAAAAUAACCACAGGAGGUUCUCUGUAGAUAUACAUGCCAAAAAUGAAGAUGCUCAAAUUCCACUUGCUGAAGUGGAGCCAGAGAUGAAUGAGAGCUCACUAAAAGGCAUGAAAACAUUUAUUUCGUUUGAGGGGGAGCAGUCUUCACCGACUGACACAGUGGACAAGACUGAAGGAGAAAAAGCCCCGACUGAAGCUGAUCAGCAGGUUAAGGAAAGCCCAGCUGAGUCUCAGACCACUGAACCUCCUGCUGAGAAGCCGACCGAGCUGGCAGUCGUGGAUUUAAAUGAUGAUCCAACAGCCUCCAACAAGACCUCCGUGGAGACUCUGAACGAUGUGCUUAAUGAGAACAACAGCAACAACAAUGCAGACCAAAGAGGACAUGUCUUUCAGAACUUACAGAAAUGGAGGAAAAAGAAGGAAAGUAUGCAGAAAUGAAAUAUACACACACGAUAUGACCAAAAAUAUGUGUACACCUGACCAUAACACCCAUGUGUAGUUCUUCCCCAAACUGUUGCCACAAAGCUGGAAGCACACAAAUCUCUAUUGUGUUCUUGUAUGCUGUAGCAUUAAGAUUUUCAUUCACUGGAACUAAGAGGUGCAAGCCUGUUCCAGCAUGACAAAACCCCUGUGCAUAAAGUGAGGUGCAUUAAAACAUGGUUUGCCAAGAUCUCGAGUGGCCCGCACAGAUCCUACUGAACACUUUUGAAAUAAAUUGGAACUCCAAAUGCCUGCCAGGCCUCCUCACCCAACACGGGUGCCUGGCCUCCCUAAUGCUCUUGUGUCUGAAUGAACACAAAUUCCCAGUAGAAUUGUCCACAUACUUUUGAACCUAUAGUGUACUUGUCAAAAUUGUGUUUUAGUGUCUUUGCAUGUUACUUCAAUUAAAAGAAAAAAACGAAUCAAGGAUUUUUUUUUAAAUUAAUGAACACUUUCAAACCUUGCAAUUUGUAUUAGCGUGAGGUUAUUUAUGAUUAUCAUACAAUGUACUUAUAUACAGUAUGUACAUAAAUGGAAAUAUCCUAUACCUAAUCCAUACACAGGACUAAUAAAGUAUUUAUAAACGUAGAUAUUUCAGAAGCUAUUGUUUCACACUUCUUACUUGCACCAGACUGUUUGGAUAUUUAAACAACAAUAACAAAAAAAAGAUUGCAAAUAGUAUGCAAAAAUUGAAUACUUUUCAUGUCUCUCUAAACUGGAGAUCAGGUAGGUUUACUUGAUCAAACGUUGACAUGAUCAGUACAGCUCAUUCUUCUUCACACUGAAUACUAACUGUUUCCUCUUUUUCAAACAUUUUAUGUAUCAUUUAACUUUUAUUGCACAUUCUACGUAGGUAUUUAUAGUUAAGAAAUAAAACAUGAUGGGGUUAACGUGAUGCAUUACACCUCCAAAGUUGAUUAACUUUCCUUUAACAGCAAGUCCUGAGGCAAUUUCCCAAUUAUUACAAUUUUUAUUUAUUAAAGAAUGACAUCAAACUUUUAAAUCCUUUUUAGUUACAUUUAAUGAAUGUAAAUAUUAUAAAUAGUCAUCUUCUCACAUCUUUUUUCUUUCUUUCUCUUGAAGUUAAUUUGAUAAAUUAAAGAAGAAAUGCAUGUUUUCAUGCUACUAAUAAACCACAAAGCCCUCUGUUAUGAAGACUUCCGCACGUUGGGAAACGUACCUCUGAGUGUUACAAAGAGCUAGACACUAGAGACAUCUCCUCAAAGGCUUCACCAUAUAACCCAUUACACACACUUGGAAAAUCCAUUUUAAAAUCCAUUUCUGUCCAACAUACAAAUCUAAAGUCUAUGGAAACCUUUUAUUUGUCUUUUAUUGUCUCAGAGCUGCUGUUAUUGAAAACUAAUCAAUAUCUGACCUGAGAAUUCAACAGUAUUGUGGUAUUUUCAGAUAAGCAUGUCAUUGCUUUGCCGUAAUGUAACUUUCGUUUACUUUUUAUGGAUUACAAUGACUAUCUUUUUCUGUAAUUUUACUUCCUAUUACUUUUUUAAUGCAUUACUAUAGGUGUGUCUUAUAAACCUUGUCUUUCUGUUCUCGAAUUUACUUUUUGUAAUGUGUUGGAUGUAUAUGUGUAUAACAUUUGGUUGUGUAUUAAAUAUUAAAUAUUCCGUAUAUAACCUUGAACUCAAUAGGUAUAUGUAAUUAUAGGUUAGUUUUACUUAUAGUUAAUACCACUAUUAAGUCCACUGGUUCAAACUGGGAGACAUGUUGCACCUAUAUUUGUGACAUAUUAAACUCAGUGACCCUGGAUCAUGCCAAUAUAUCCAGUAUCUUGCGGUGAGCAAGUUAAACAUGAUCAUCAGGCCGAUAUUUGGUUAUUUGAUAUUUGUCACUUCGUUUCUUUUUCUUUCAGGAAGUGGUAGUCUCAGAGCUGCAAACUUUUAUUAGAAAUUGUUGCAAACAGAUAUCUGCUCUAUAUGGUGGCUUCUGGGAGACAGUUUGCUGUGAGGCAAGAAGUCAUAAAAACACUUCCAUGGUUUAUAGCUGAUAAGAAGUUUAGAUAGUAACUUACAAGCUGUCUCUGUUUGUUAUAUGAGGUGUCUCCUCUUGGCUGUGCAGGGUGGGAAACUUGUAUUCAACUUUGUAGUAUUGUACAGGACUCGAUCCUAGAGCUACAUUAGGUUUGUUAAUGGAAAUGCUUAUUGCUUUGUUGUUCAGGUUUGUGAAUAUGAUUGAUUAAAGUUGCUUUUAAGCCAGUUUUA